AUGUUACCACUCGCCGCAGCUCAGUCUUUUAGAGGUUCUUCUUCUUCGGCGUACCCUUACGAGAUCGGGGGAACCGUUAGUUCGCCUGUGAAGAUAAUACUAGCAGUACUCAUCUUCGGCAUAUUCUUAAUCGCGUUUUUUUCGUUGUACCUCCGUAAGUGCUUAAAUGACUCUGUCGAAUCACGCCGGCCUGUUGCGAUCGCUAACAAUCACCGCACGCGAUUGAAAUUCCCCUGCGGUCUUGAUAGAUCGAUUGUUGAGUCGUUUCCGGUGUUCCUUUACUCCGAUGUGAAAGUGCUGAAAAUAGGAAAGGGAGCUUUAGAAUGUGCUGUGUGUAUAAUGGAGUUUGCAGACGACGAAAGGCUUCGAUUCUUACCGAAAUGUCAUCACGUCUUUCAUCCUGAUUGUAUCGACGCUUGGUUAGCUUCUCAUACGACGUGUCCAGUUUGCCGAGCUGACCUCACUAAAGCAAACCUCGAAGGUAACUUGGAAUUUAAUCACGUGUUGGCUCACUCCCAAAUCGAUGAAUCUAGAGCAGAAAUUGGAUCUCAAGAUCAUCUAAUUCACAUAGAUGAUGAACGAGUGGCUCCGAAGUUUCCGCGUUCGCACUCCACCGGUCAUUCAUUGGUUCCACUGGGAGAGAAUUGUGAGCGAUACACAUUGAGAUUCCCGGAGGAGGUUCGAAAGCAGAUUGUGACACUGAAAAGAGCGAAAAGUUGUGGAUGCGGCGUUGAUUUUCCGAUGGAAGGAAGUUCAAGAAGAGGAUUGAGAGGUGGUGGAGGAGUUCACGGCGGAGUAAAGCGGUGGAAUCCGGAUAGGCUAUGUGGCAGGUCGGAUCUCUGGAACUUCACUGUCACACGGAUGCCGGUUUUUAUUGCGAAAAGCGGUUCGCUUGGCAAAAGUGAUCCGGCUCAAUCGUCAUCAUCAACCUCUGAUCCAGUUUAA